UAGUUAAAUUAAUAAAAUGCAUAAUAUAUGUUUAAAUAAACCAAUUUUCUUAAAGAUUCUAAAACCAUUAUUUUUUAAUAUAUGUUAAAAUAAACCAAUAUUUUUUAAAGUUACUUUAAAUACAUAGUAGAUGAAACAAUAAGUUUACAUUGCUUAAGUGUGUUAUAAAAAGCCUUCGAAGUAUAGAGUUUUUUUGUUUUAAAAAUAGUGACAAAAAAGAUUUAAAAUUUGUUCGAAAGGUUCUACGAUAACGGGUUUUUUGGUGGUAUGUCAUCAUGUUCGACUGGGCACAUGGAUGUUCUAUUUUUUUUUAUCAUAUGGUUUUCAUAGAUAUUUAUCUACUUUUUUUGUUUUAUUUAUUUUAUUUUAAGUUUAAUAUUUGGCAAAGACACAACAAAUUAUAAUGGAUUAAGAUACGUAUAUUCUUUAUACAUUUUCUUUUUACUCUUUACGGUGUUUUGUUGGCCAACGCAUAGUUUUAUUUUUGUAUAAAAUGAAUUUUGCUACCUACAUUGUUAUAAUUUUACAUUCAUGAAAAAUGAGUAGAAAAUGCUUAAAAAAAAUGGUUGCAUCCAACCAACCAAAGAAACGUUUGAAGCAUCAAAAGUAAUGUUAUUGUGAGAGAGAUGUGGCGUAAAAGGAAAUCAAAAUUGAUAUAUAAUUUCCUUCCAUUCCUCUCCUUCGACUCCAAAUCGAAAGCCCUGACUUAAAACUUUUUACAAUUCCAUGACUUUGGAACUGGGUUUUAUUACCAUGACUUUUAAUUUGUUAGUUUAGACUGAGCGUAAGAUGUUUACAACCUUUUUAGCGUGAAUUAAACUCGUACCGUGAAACUUUACCGGUAUGGAAACGUCAAUUACGUAGGAAUUUUGUUCGUGUAAUUUAAAUUAAACCAAGUUAAAGAGGUUUUAGUUUAUUAAAAAAUCUGAUAUAACUUAGGAAAAAAACAUUUGUGUUUCUCGGUAUCUUAUUGUUGACAUAGUCUAAAGUUGGAGCUCAAGCUUCUGUUCAAAACGAAGAUAGUGGUGACUGGAGAAUUGAAAGGCUUGUGGGGACGGAUUAACCAUUCCGACCUCUUUCUUUCUUCUUCCUCCUUCUUAAAAAGACUUCUUCAAAUUUUAAUUUUUUUACUUUCAAAUAUGCAAAGAAAAACAAUGGCGACCAAUUCGUCUCGUACCAAAUCAACCGGCCCUGUGCUUUGGAAUGCGGCCAUCAUUGUUGGAAAAGUAUUUCUGUAAAUGGAGUGGAAAAGACGAUGAAUCUGUGGGAACCAUCAAACUGGAGGUACGUAUUUAUAAGUUUGAGAUCACGAAAAAGCUGAAUAGUACAGAGGUUUUGAAUUAAUGAGAGAGUUAAUAGAGAUUGAAUGCAAGGUUUAAUGGUUUCUUCUUUAAGUACGGUACUCCGUUAGUCAGAUACACGGCUCGGGAAAGAGUAAGAGAAAGAGAUUAGGGCCUCUCUCAAUGUUGACGACGAAGACGGUGAAUGAAUUCUUAAUAGGCUGAUAUUAGGUAACACAUACUGGAAGCCCAAAUAUAUGGAAGCAGUUCACUAAACCCAAACAAAAAGAUUACAAAUCACUUAAAUGAAACACACAGCUUUGCUAGAGAGACACGACUUUAACCAAAUUGAUAACGUGGAUGUCGACAUGGACUGUCCACCUAGGAAAGAAGGAAUCUGUACUUUAUAUAUAUAUAUAGAUGUCUAUCGUAUCUUUAUACAUGUUAAAUAAUAAAGAUAAAUAGUAAAUAAUCAUGUAUAAACAUGCGUUUACUCAUGAAAUAAAAAAAAUCAAAGAAAGAAAUUGUGACAAUUAAUCCAUGAUUUUUUUACUAUUUUGUUGUUGGAAUUCAACGAAAACAUUUGCAAGUUUCUCUUAUAGGAGUAUUGUUAACGUUUAGAAAUUCAAAUGAGUUUUUUAGAAUAUAUUUUACUAUUGAAGAAGACAUUCUAUUAAAUUGAUUUAUGAAUUAAUUAUUAAACACUUACAGUAUGACACAUGUAGAAUUAGUUUCUCAUAUAUUUGUUAAAAUUUGUGCAAAAGACGACUCUCAUUUUCUUAAAAAAAUCUUUUCAUUUUCUUAUCCUAAAGUACCUAUUGAGAACUGUCUGAUGUUAAUCACUGAUCUAAAUGUACAAUAUUAUUUCUCAAUGGACAAUACAUCAUAAGUUCACCUGAUGUAGUAGUUAGUUUAUUUUCACUUGAUUAUACUCACGAGUCACUUCUAUAUAUAAAUAUAUAUAUAUAUAUAUACGUUUGUAAAACAUAUACGUUUAUGUGUAACAAUAAGUGCAGAUUAGUAUUAUAUCGACGAAUUAAGCAUGCAAUAGAACAACGAAUCAACAUCCAAUUAAUUGCUGUAUAUAUAGAAUAUGCAAAAGUAUAACGAAGAUCAAAGUUGAUCUUAAUCAUCAUUUUAUUAAACUUCGCUUACAUCAUACUUAUCCCAUUAUAUAGGUUGACGUACCAUGUGAUGAUUCUAGCACCGAAAAAAGCAGGAACCAAUUAACUCUAUAUUACAUUACAUACAAUACAAAUACGUAAAUUACGACAAAAAUGCAUAUCCAUAUAUAAUAUUAGUAAUGAGAUUGACAUGUACAAAAAUAAAAUAAAAGAAAACAAGACUAUUUUAUGUGAACCAAAUCUUUGUGAUCUUUACUGUGGUAAAUUUGAGAAAAUGCGAAGAAAUAUUUUAGGGUUUACAAAAAAAAAGAGGAUUAUAGGGUUUAUAUAUUAUCACCGAUAUCGGCUCAUCUAGGUUAAAUAUUAUUAUCGUUUUAGGGCUUUUUAUUUUUUGCUCUUGUCACAAUUUUUUACGCUCUCUCCUUACACGUGAAACACACCCUCCAAUAUCUAUUGUCCACGUGUCUACGUUACAUGCCCACACGUAAAGAAAAUGUUGCAAUCACCACGCGCCUAGGGUUUUUUUUGGGCAAACCGUGGUUGUGACCAGAAUCGCAGAUUAGUCUACGUGGAGGUCUCUCAUUGGGUUAUAUUUCCUAUACUAUCACACAGAAACGUAGGCAUAAUGUCUUGCUUUUUUUCUAACGUAGGUAAGUUGGGUUUCCUUUUAAGAAAGCAAUGAAAUCUUAUAAAAUAAGUAUGUUUUUAUUCUUAUUCAAUUUUUGGAUACACCCUAAUAAAGCUAUAUGUAUUAAUGCUGAGAUUUUUUCACUAAAAGGUAAGAAAUAUUACACAGAUAGAAAUGUAUCUUUCCUUUUUAAUAUACAUCUAUGACAAUAGAAAGAGUGCACCCAGUAUAUAGAAUAGCACGUAGACUAAUAGAAAUAUGAAGACCAGAUGGUGAAUGGUAGUGCCAAAUGUUCAACAGAUGAGCUGUUUUUAGUCAAGAAAAUGAGAAAUUUUAUAUCAAUAAUAAUUACUUUUGUUAGAAUAAACUUUCAUUCUGACCCAGAAAUCCCUCAUUGCAAAGAUAAGAAGAGAGCCACAGAUUCUCUAUCUCUUUCUCAACAGCCUCUCUAUAUAAGCCACAGAAGAAAAGGUCUCCCCUUCCCCCUCUCUCUCUCCCUCGUUUUGCUAGGGUUUCUCGAAAAUCGCACUCAAAUUCUACUCAUCUGCCAAAACAAACCAGUCCUUAAAAAUUCAAUCUUUUUUUUGACUACCGUGUGUUUCUUCGUUUGCUGCUUAAGAUCUAUAGCUAAAUCUCGCAUCGAUCUAUUCCUCGCUAUCUCUGGUUGGAUUUCCACCAGGUUCGUGUUUUCCAACAUAGAUCUACGAUUCCUUGGAUAUAUGUUCAGGUUUCGGAUCUUGUGGGAUGAUAUCUAGCUUGACUCGUAGCUGACUUCAUGUUUUUUUUUUCAUUUAGGGCUCCUUACUGUUUGUUUACACGUCCCUUAACUCGUUGUUCUUAUUUUGUUUUGUUUUUUUCUUGUCUUUACGUACGGACUAUUCACGUGCAUAUAGAUCUGACCCGUAUUUGGUGGGUCCUUGUUUUCUUUUGUGUGAUCGUUUAUCUUUCUUAAACAUAUGCAUGUGGUUAAUCUUAAGUGUCUUAUCAUCUGUUACUGUGUUCUAAAUAAUUUGAUAUAAAUCCUAAAUUACUCAGAUCUAAUUCUCUUGACCCGUGUUAGAGUUUGUGAUUUGGAUAAUUAUAUUGAAAUGGGUCCGUUAUAUAAUACUUUUCUUUUCCUGGUUAUGUAGAAAAUGUAAACGAUUUUGGGGGUUCUCGUCUAUGAAAACCCUAAUUUCAUGUCGAUGUUGAAAUACUUGUUAAUGUUGAGUGCUAAAUGUUCACUGUCUAAAAUUCACACGACUGAUUUUAUUUGUUUAAUGAAACAGAAUGUUAGUGAAGAAUUUCGUUCUUGAUUUUAUGUAGACCUUAAGGUCUUAAAUUUUAUUUUCAUGGAGCUGUAAAGGUGGAUGUUGGUUAUGAAUGUUAUUUCAUGUGGAUAUUCAUGGAAUAUGGUUGAACAUAGUGGUGUAAAUUCAUAUUGCUUCUUUAACUAAUUUAGAGUUAUAUUGGGGGUCAUAUAUAUGUGAAGUAAAGAUUUUGAAGCAUUGUCUCUUUUUAAGCAACAACAAUUUGAUCAUCAUGCGUAGCUAUGUCAUGUUGUAUAUAUAAUUCUUUUCAUUUGUGAUGCUAAUAAAUAUUAUCAUGCAUUAUUUUGCAGCUCUCUGAGGAGAGAUCGUAUAAUGGUGGAAGUUAUAAUCACCAUUAAGACAAAAUCUUUUUCAAAGCAAACCAAUGGGAUCCUCCACUAAGGUCAACUCAAUCGUCAUAAAUCUCACAGGCGCUAACAACGAGAUUGGUAUGGUAGGAUGUGAUGGUUUCUCCAUAUGUGACUUAAUUGCUGAAGGGAGAGAAACUGAUCCUAAAAAAUAUUGGCCGUUUCCAGAGGAGAGUGCUAGUUUGGUAGACAAACAAAGCGAUUCUCUUCCUCAUUGGUGGCCGCCUAGCUUGGGCCGCACCAGAAAUAUCGAUGCUGAUGGGACAAAUGAAUCUGGACUGCCAUCAAAUUCAACAAGUAUAAUUAGCACGAACGGGCUCAAUGGCAGCUCUUCGAUUAUCCCUAGUCAAAGCGAACUGAAUUCACGAACUGCCAUUGAUCAAGAGAGACUAAGGAAUAUUGAUAUUGCAGGCAGUGCUGUUGUGGUGAAUGAGGAUAUAAACUGCGAAAGAUCCCAGGUUGAUGAUCAGAGAGAUAACGCUGUUGUGGAGAAUGAAGAUGUUAACUGCGAAAGACCCCAGAAUGAUGAUCAAAGUGACAAUGCUGUUGUGGAGAAUGAGAAUGUAAACUGCGAAAGAUCUCAGCAGGAUGAUCAGAGAGAUAAUGAUGUUGCGGAGAAUGAAGAUGUAAACUGCGAAAGAUCUCAGAAGGAUGAUCAGAGAGAUAAUGCUGCUGAAGAGAAUGAGGAUGUAAACUGUGAAAGAUCUCAGCAGAAUGAUCAGACAGACAAUAAUGCUCUUGUGGUGAAUGAGGAUGUAAACUGCGAAAGAUCUCAGAAGGAUGAUCAGAGAGCUACUAGGUCUAGCAAGAAAGUUCAUCCACCUCCGUUUAGAACAUACGCCCUUCGGAACAAAACCACAAAGAAUUACGCAGUGGUUGAACCAAUAGGAAACAAGAGAGCUGAGAAACAACCAAACGUGGAGCAGCUGGCCGUGACUGAGAUAGCUGCUUGUGCUGAAGACACGCAGCCUGAGGAGUCUGAGAGUAGAAGCCUUUUCAUCGGUGGGGCGCCCAGUACGAGAACUAGGAACGUUCGCACGCGGAGACUCGCUGAAGUGAAUGGUAAGCGUAGAGUUCAAAAGAGGAAGUGCCGACCUGGGAGCACUACACUGAGCAGGAAUAUAAGCACAGCUGGUGCAGCUUCAGGAAAUGCCUCCAAAACCGUUGAAUCUGCUCAUGGUACUGAAUCAACUGAAAGUGAGUUUGACAAAGAUCCUAUUAAGGGUAAGAAGAAGAACGUAAGGUUCCAGGUUGAAGACGAGCUUGAUACAGAACCUGAACCUGAGGUUGAUGACGAGAAGGAUGAAGAUUUUUAUCCUUGGGCUAAGAGAACUAAGAAGGUCAAAAUAGCCAAAAAGAAGAGAGCUACAACAGCAAUAAAUCCCAGUAACAAGGCUUCUUCGAGUGUGCAACCGUCAUUGAAUGAAACCGAGACGGUUCCUUCUCCACCAAGGGAUCAGGGAACUGAAGAAAGAGUGGGCACUUCACUUGACGAUGAGUUGGCUUCAGAUGGAUAUGUCAGAAAAACUAACGCUCCUCCGGUUAAUGAAAGGCAAGAGAAUAAUCGUAUGAGAUCAAGCUAUGUUCCAGUGUUUGGUAAUCCUUCUAUACCAAACACAGGUAGAGGGCUGGGAACUGGACCGGGUGCUAUUUACUUCGGCAGCGGCAGCAGCAACAGGACCAAUCAAAGAAACACCUCUCCUUCAACACAAGUUGCAGCUCAAUCUACCGUGCCGCAAAAGGAUGCUUCUGUACCAAAUACAGAUAGAGGACUGGGAACUAGAUCAGGUGCUAUUUACUUCGGCAGCAGCAACAACAACAACAAUCAAAGAAGCACCCCUUCUUCUACACAAGUUGCCGUGCCGCAAAAGGAUGCUUCUGUACCAAACACAAGUAGGCUGGGAAGUGGACCGCGUGCUAUUUACUUCAGCAGCAGCAACAGCAACAACAAUCAAAGAGACACCCCUCCUUCUACAGUGGUUGCAGCUCAAUCUUCCGUGGCGCAAAAGGAUGCUUCUGUUUCAGACAGAAAAGGGAAGGGAGUUAUGGUCCAAAGCCAUGAUGAAGAGGUACCACAAAAGCCAAAAACACCUUUUCUGUUCGAUCUCAAUGAGACGUAUGAGGAUGUUACCUCGCUGGAGGACAACACCAACGCAGCAAGGGAAGAAGACCGUGUCCCGGUUAGAUCAGAACAGAGCUCCGUUGAGAUGUUCACACCAAGGCAGAACUCUUACAUGGCUUCUUCGUCAGUUAUGCCUCCUCCGGUGCAAGAAAGCCGCCGACGCAGCUCAAUUCUGUUUCCUGGACACAGCCCCCAGUGGAUGGGGAAUGUCCCAAUGGCUAGUCCUUAUCAUCAUCCAUCUCCAUCCACCUAUCAGGCAAUGCGUGUACCUCCUCAUCACUACGGAGCACCUUCUCCACCAGUUUGGGCAUCAUCCAUGAUACCACCACAGUAUCAUCAUCAUCAUUUCAGUCCUCCUGCUCCUUUCAACAUGGAUUAUCCGAGUAUGUUUGCACAAGCACCGAGCAGUGAACCGCGGAACCUCAGCUAUUAUGGGGCCAACUUGCUGAACCAAGCGAUGAUGAGCCGCAUGGAUCCUCGGUUUAGAUCAAACACUCCCGUUGACCACCAUGGGAACUUUGGUUUCGCUCCGAGACAUGUUCACCCGGUUAACCAGUUUAACCAAAUUGUUGAGCUUCAAUGUAGUCAUGAGAGGUCGGUUUAUUCUAGAACCAUCAGUAACCAAGGCAGAUUCCAGCAAAGGAGAAACGCAGCGAGCUUCAGCAAUGCCUCUACAUCGUACGCAGCAAACAGUUCUGGUUCCUCUAGCUGCGUUGUUAGCCGUUACCCUGGUGAGAUCAGCGAGAUAGAGCCAGGGAAUAUCUACUUGGUACAUGAAGAAGAUCUGCAUGUGCCUGAGCGCAUUUCGGAGUUUGAGCAGGCUGAUGAGGAGCAAGCUGGUCCAAUUACAGAAAGUGGCUAAAGACAGACAACGUGGAAG